AUGGACCUAAGAGUAGGCAAUAAAUACCGCUUAGGCAGGAAGAUUGGUAGCGGAUCCUUUGGCGACAUUUACUUAGGCACCAAUAUUAUUACCGGUGACGAGGUAGCUAUCAAGUUAGAAUGUACUACUACCAAACAUCCUCAACUUCAUAUCGAAUGGAAAUUUUAUAAGAUUAUGGCCGGUGGCGUUGGCAUACCUUCUGUAAAAUGGUGGGGUACUGAAGGUGAUUACAACGUCGUUGUGAUGGAACUUUUGGGCCCAAGUUUGGAAGAUUUGUUCAAUUUUUGCUCCAGAAAAUUUAGCCUGAAGACUGUGCUUCAAUUAGCAGACCAAUUGAUAAGUCGAAUCGAGUAUGUUCAUUCGAAAAAUUUUAUCCAUCGGGAUAUCAAGCCAGAUAACUUCUUAAUGGGAUUGGGAAAGAAAGGCAAUUUAGUGUAUAUAAUUGAUUUUGGAUUAGCAAAACGCUAUCGUGAUGCUAAGACGCACCAGCACAUUCCUUAUCGGGAAAAUAAAAAUUUAACUGGUACUGCACGAUAUGCCAGUAUUAAUACACAUUUAGGCAUUGAGCAAAGCCGUAGAGAUGAUAUGGAAUCACUUGGGUAUAUGUUUAUGUAUUUCAGCCACGGCAGUUUACCUUGGCAAGGAUUAAAGGCUGCUACUAAAAAGCAAAAGUAUGAAAAAAUUAGUGAAAAGAAGAUGGCAACUCCAGUUGAAAAAUUAUGUAGAGGAUAUCCCCCUGAAUUUGCGACUUAUCUAAAUAUUUGCCGAUCAUUAAAAUUCGACGAUAAGCCAGAUUAUGCAUACUUCAGGCAAUUAUUCAGAAAUUUGUACCAUCGAUGUAGUUUUACAUAUGAUUACGUUUUUGAUUGGAAUGUCUUGAAGGUAAAUUUUUGUUGA